AUGCUUGCUCUUCGCUCCGCCCCUGCGCGCGCGGCCCAGGCCGCUGCGCCCGCCGUUCGUGCCCUCUCGACCUCGUCGAUCCGCUGCAACGACCGCCACCAGACCUGGGACCGCCCGACCGUCCGCGCUGAGGCUGGUGACCGUCGCCCUCAGCGUCCCCGCGCUUACAACCAGCAGGGUGCCGGCGCUUCUGCCCAGAAUGCCCGCCUCUCGCCCUCCGAGGUCCGUGACCAGCGCCGUGAGCGCCAGGCCGAGUUCCUGGCCACGCGCCAGCAGCGCGGCCCGCCUCACCUCCUGACGCUGGCCGACUACAGCGCCGAGGAGAUUGCGGACCUGGUCAAGUCUGCGCUUGCGUUCAAGGUCGUCGCGAAGAAGUGGGGCAACACCGAGGUGCCCAACUCGCUGCAGGACCGCACCGUUGCGCUCAUGUUCAGCAAGCGCUCGACCCGUACCCGUGUCGCGUCCGAGACCUCGGUCGCCAUGCUCGGCGGACAUGCCAUGUUCCUUGGCUCGCAGGACAUCCAGCUCGGCGUGAACGAGAGCCUCCGUGACACCGCUACCGUUGUCGGCAGCAUGGUUGAUGGCAUCAUGGCCCGUGUCAAGGGACACGACGAGGUCGAGACGCUCGCCAAGUACUCGCCCGUUCCCAUCGUCAACGCCCUCAGCGACCUGUACCACCCCACCCAGAUCCUCGCCGACCUCCUGACCCUCGUGGAGAUGUACCACCCCGACCUCUCGUACCUGACCGAGGACAUUGCGGGCGCGCGCAACGCCUACGCCGUUGUCCGCAAGCGUGCGCAGGAGAUCGACAUCCCCGCCCUCCUGAACGGCAAGAAGUUCUCCUACGUCGGCGACACGAACAACAUGUCGAACGAGUUCAUCGUCUCCCUCCCCCGUCUCGGGAUGGAGGUCGCGAUCGCCUCGCCCGAGGGCUACAACAAGAUCGACCCCGUCGUCUGGAAGCGCGUCCAGGACGCCGGCACCGAGGGCAAGAUCCAGCUCACGACCAAGCCCGAGGACGCGCUCAAGGACGCCGACCUCGUCGUGACCGACACCUGGAUCUCGAUGGGUCAGGAGGAGGAGACGGCCAAGCGUCUCGAGGCCUUCAAGGGCUACCAGCUGACGAACGCGCUCAUUGAGCGCUCCGGCGCCAAGCCCGACUGGAAGUUCAUGCACUGCCUCCCCCGCCACAAGGAUGAGGUCGACGACGAGGUCUUCUACGGGCCUCGCUCCGUCGUCUUCCCCGAGGCCGAGAACCGCAAGUGGACCAUCCUCGCUGUCUUCAACGCCCUCAUGGGCCGCUGGCAGCGCGCCGUCUAA